AUGACCGGAAACCAGCACGGCAAUUUGCCAAAGCCUCCUAAGAAGGAGCAAGGCAAGGGGAACGCGGGCGACCUUCAAUGGCUGCAUGACGCUGCCAAUCAUGCGGAGCCUCGCGACUCCCAGAAGCCCCCGCCCAAGGAGGCCAAGGGAAACGGAGGCAACCGGCAGCAACAGUACGAUCCUAUUGCUUACUGGGGCUUUCAUGACUGGCCGGAGAACAAUUCUCAGAGGACAACUUUCAUGUUGAACAUGUCCGGGGAAACGACACGAAACCUCGCUCGCUAUGUCCUGUUGAUUAGAACCCCCUGGGAAGACGAUGCUGGGGUGGGACUGCAUUACAGAAACAGACGCUCGUCGACCUGCCGGUAUGACAUCGGUCAACCUCUGGCAAUACUGCACAAGUCCCGCCACUGCAUCCGGCAUCGUUCCAACCGGGGUUCCAACUGCGGGGCGCAGGGUGGCAAAACAUGUACCGAGCCAAGCCGGAUGAUUGACGGUGCCGUCGAGACGACCGGGCCAGAUGAGGAAAUGUCGAUUUAG